ACGACUACAUUGCCAUUGGCGCCGACUGCGAGCACAUAGCAGCCCAGAUUGAAGAAUGCAUAUACCAGGAUGUCAAGAACACCGACAUGAAAUACAAAAACCGUGUGAGGAGCCGCAUCUCGAACCUGAAGGACUCCAAAAAUCCCGAGCUGAAGAAGAACGUGCUGUGUGGGGCCAUUACCCCGGAGCAGAUCGCGGUGAUGACCUCGGAGGAAAUGGCCAGUAAUGAGCUGAAGGAGAUCAGGAAAGCCAUGACGAAAGAGGCAAUCCGGGAGCAUCAGAUGGCCAAGACGGGAGGGACGCAGACUGACCUCUUCACCUGUGGGAAGUGCAAGAAGAAGAACUGCACUUACACCCAG